ACCCGUCACACCAAUUCCGCAUCAAGUGUUGGAAAGUUGACAUAAUUACAUUGUCCUUCUUAAGGACAAAAUUUGAUAUCAAGGACAAUAAUCUUUACUAAUAUUACUUGUAUCGAAACGUUUUUCGAAUUGGAGUCUAAAAUAUAAAUUAAGAAGGUAAAAUGAACCAUGGGAAUCAGCCAAAGCUCUCCAAGUCCUUCAAUCAAUGAGGACUCCGUGGAUGUUUCACAUAACGCUCCAGUCACUUCAUCGAGCAGUUGCAGUGGACUAGAAUUUGAUUCGAUUGCCGAAGAAGUAUCGUUCGAGAGGGAAGAAAAGAUGCCGAGAGCCGAGACACAGAAGGGCCCAAGGGUUAACAUCCUCUUAGUUGGAAAAACUGGAAACGGCAAGAGUUCCACAGCCAAUACCAUCGUGGGGAAAAAACGUUUUUCUAACAGGUCAGGUACAUGUCGCUCAAAACAACAAAUCGACUACCAUAUCACAGAGUUCAAAGGUCGUCAUAUUAAAGUCGUUGACGGUCUUACGGUGUGUGAUACCGGGCUAGACAAUGAGAAGUCAGUCGCACAGCUGAUUGAAGCCACGAAGAUGGCUCUAGCAGUCACCCCUGAAGGAUAUCAUGCCUUUCUUCUGGUGGUAAAAUACGGCAAUAGGUUCACACGGGAAGAACAGAACACAGUGCAGAUUUUAAAGAAAAUAUUCGGGGAUAAUUUUAUCCGAGAUUUCGGGAUUUUAAUCAUCACGUGCGGGGAUAUUUUCGAGCAAGAAAGGGAAGCCAAAGGCAGCGACGGUUUGACCUUCACAGAGUGGUGCCAAGGUCAACAUGGAGCCUUUAAGGAGUUAAUGGAUGAAUUUGCUGACAGAGCGCUCAUAUUCGACAACACGUGUCACUCCAAUAGAGAAAUAGAUAGCCAUGUUGACGCUGUGUUGUCAACCAUUGAUGACUUACUCGGCGAAAGGCGAUACAACCUUUCAGAGAGAAUUCAGCAAGUUAACGAUAGCAUUGCAGCAGAUCUAAAGAGACUGAUGGCAGCCGGUGAGACAACGGUCACAGAAGAAAGUCCAACUAAUGACCAGCCGCAAGCAACACAAGGCUCUAGUGAGGCAGACGUCUUAACACCGCAAGCCAAGAUCUCACCUCAAACCAAAACAGACCAGGAAAUACUGGCCAAACAGGAAGAAUUUUCAGGGACUCUUCAAGACAUGGCAAGAACCCUGGAAUCUGUACAGAAACAGAUUUCUGAAGAAAGAGAGCGGUCUCAGAGAUAUGCUGAAGAAAUAAAACAAUAUCGGCAGCAUGAAGAAGAGAUGAAAAUAAACUUUGAAAACGAGCUGACUAUUCAAAGAGAGAAAUAUGAAAAUCUGAUUGAAGAACUGAAGCACGAGCAACAAAAGAGAUUUGAUGAUAUAGAAAGAAGAAUGCAAGAGAUGGCCACACAGAAGAGACCAUAGCUAAUGACACAGGAGUAAAAACCGCUAUAAGAAAGUUUAAUACCGAAUAUAGAAAAUGAAAAGUUUAACAGCGUGAGGCAAGUACCUAUUAAGGAAUGAACUAAGAAUCUGGAAAAUAUUCAAAAAACUUUCCCUGGAAUAACAUUAGUGCCAUUAAAAUUUACCGUUACAGGUAAAGUUAUGUCGAACAGUAUGAGUUGAAACAAAGUGUUAUUUUUCAAACUUAAUUAAUUAAAGUCAUUACCUGCGA